AUGACAGAGAAAAGGCGCAUGUACACAUUCAACGGAUUAGCACACGUUUCCCGACGGGAAUUCGAAAAAUGUGCUGAUAAUAAAUCAUUCGUAUUAAUAGGUACAGUAACUCGAGAUCCACGUGCCGAGAUGAAGACAUGGCAGAAGUUCUGA